AUGAUAAUGGAGGGGAGAUGCGCCUACGUCGUCCUCAUCAUGGCAGCUUUUUGGAUGACCGAAGCCAUCCCGGUGGCCGUCACGUCCCUCAUCCCCGUCUUUCUCUUCCCCCUUCUCGGGAUCCUUGGGACCUCCGAAGUCUGCACGUCGUAUUUCAAGGAGACCAGCAUGAUGUUCAUGGGAAGCAUCAUGGUGGCUGUUGCCGUGGAGCACUGCAACCUCCACACGAGGAUCGCUCUCAGGGUCCUUCUCUGGGUCGGAACGUCUCAGACGUGGUUGAUGCUGGGGUUCAUGCUGACCACCAUGUUCCUGUCCAUGUGGAUUUCCAACACGGCAACGACGGCCAUGAUGGUCGCCAUAGCGGAAGCCAUCCUCAUCGGAAUCUACCGGAAGGAGGAAGGCAUCGAGGUGGUGAACGCGUCGUCGCCAGGCAAACAACUGGGAAACACGCAGGAGUUGCCACAGAUGGAUGAACGACAGGUGUCCAUCAUCGAAUCGCCAAAAUCCGUCCUCGAGAUCGUAGACGAGGAGUCGGACAACUGGGAGUCGGAUGACGGGUCGGAGUUCAAAGAUGGCUACCAAGAAGCCCGAAUUCAAGUCAUGUUGGCCAUUGCGUAUUCGGCCGGCAUAGGAGGGACUGGGACCCUCACUGGGACAGCAACCAAUCUCAUCUUUAAGGCGAUCGUGGACGAGUACGUUGUACGGGAGCAAGUCAGGAAUAAACUAUGGGACUUGGUUGGCUUUCAACGUCCCGGGGUUGCUGCUCAAUGUCCUCAUCGCUUGUUUCUGGCUUCAGGGCAUUUUCAUCUUCAACCAGUGAGUCUCGAUUCCUGCAAAUCGAAUUUCGACUCCUUCCAUCGGCGCCGAUCAACAUCAGCUAUCGUGGUCAGGUGGAAGCAACACCGAAAGCACCCGGAGAGACGAGUGCAGAGUCCGAGCGAAAAGGCGAAGGCGGAAAAAAAGGCUCGCGCCAUCAUCGGCAAGAAAUACGAAGAAUUGGGGAGCAUGUCCUUCCACGAGUUCAUGACUCUCUCCCUAUUCAUCAUCCUCGUUCUUCUCUGGCUCUUCAGAGAUCCCCAGGUCAUUCCCGGAUGGGCUGGCUGGAUCAAAGGAGACCGAGAUUUGAAUAUCGGAGAUGGAACCGCUGCAAUGCUCAUCGUCUUCUUCCUCUUCGUUAUCCCAGCGAAGCCCAAUUUUUGGUGCUUCCGGGAAUCGUCAGAUUCGCCGUCGAAGCCGAGCGUGGCCCUUCUCAAUUGGAGGAUCCUCCACGAGAAGGUUCCCUGGGGUUUGGUCCUUCUCAUCGGGGCGGGAUUCGCGAUUGCGAAAUCUUCCGAAGCAUCCUGCUUGUCCUAUUGGCUGGGCCAACAGAUGGGAAGCUUGGGAUCCUUGUCCCCGCCUGUACUCGUCUUCAUCAUCACUCUCAUGACGGCCAUGAUAACGGAAGUGGUUUCCAACACGGCCACUGCGACGAUCCUCAUACCCGUCCUUGCCCAGCUGGCGACUGUGGUGAGGGUGAAUCCUCUGUACUUGAUGCUGCCAUCGGCCGUGGCCUGCUCGUAUGCCUUCAUGCUCCCUGUGGCCACCCCAUACAACGCCAUCGUCUUCGAGGCCACCCAGAUGAAGACCUCCACGAUGAUGAAAGCUGGGUUCGUCAUGAACGUGAUCUGCGUGGCGGUCAUCAAUCUCAUGAUCAACACGUUAGGGGAUUACAUGUUCGACUUCUCCUCGUUCCCCGAUUGGGCGGAUACGGCUGGCAUUUCCGGGUCCUCCUCAUCUUCACACUGCAACUACACUCUCUAAUAUUGGCUCCUGGAGCUCUUCGACCAUUUUCAUUGUCUCUUGCGACUGUCGUUCCAUCGAAUCCCUCAUGUAUUAUUGUAAGGGUUCCAUGGACAGAACUCAAAGCACAUUCGUUGUCGUGCAGUGCCCGUGUUAGGGACUACUGAGUGGAGGCUUUUUUUUUGUAAUAAUUAUUAUUGAAUACCUGUCUUUCUCUUUCCGUCUCUCGAUGAGCAAGAACAGACGGACUUGGAGAUAAACACGGACAAUGUAUUUUUGUAUCAGAU